GACGCUCACACGUGUUUCCAACAUGUCUGCCCACCGAGUUGUUGUGUGUUGAGAUGUCAUGAGCUGUUUUGUCUCGUAAUCUGCGCAGUAAAGUUAUCGACCGCAGGCGUAAAAGAGCAUUAAAGCUUUCAGGAUGGCCCAGAGGAAGAAGAAACUGACGAAGAAGAGGCGGCACACAGCUAACAGAGAGCCGGAGGUUGAUUCUGACAGCGGAGACUUUGAAGUGGCUGCUGAAAUUAAGGACGAUGAUUCUCCAGGGAAGAAACUGCCGCGGUUCCCUGCCUCAUCGGACUGCCUGUCAGAUGUGGAGCCUGACACCAGGGAGCUGGUCAGAGCCCAAAACAAGAAGAAAAAAAAGUCUGGAGGCUUUCAGUCCAUGGGUCUCAGUUACCCUGUAUAUAAAGGGGUAAUGAAGAAGGGUUACAAAGUCCCAACUCCGAUCCAAAGAAAGACUAUCCCAGUGAUUUUGGAUGGUAAGGAUAUAGUAGCCAUGGCGAGGACUGGCAGUGGUAAGACAGCUGCCUUCCUGGUUCCUAUGUUUGAGAAGCUGAAGGCCCCACAAGCUCAAACAGGAGCCAGGGCCCUCAUCCUGACCCCCACCAGAGAGUUGGCGCUGCAGACCAUGAAGUUCACAAAAGAGUUGGGAAAAUUCACCGGUCUCAAGACUGCCUUGAUCCUCGGUGGAGACAGAAUGGAUGACCAGUUUGCUGCUCUUCACGAAAACCCUGACAUAAUCAUCGGUACCCCUGGUCGACUCAUGCACGUUGUCACAGAGAUGAACCUGAAGUUGCAGAGUGUGGAGUACGUGGUGUUUGAUGAGGCUGACAGGUUGUUUGAAAUGGGUUUUGCUGAGCAGCUUCAGGAGAUCAUCCGGAGGCUUCCGGACACCAGACAGACUCUGCUGUUCUCUGCCACUCUGCCCAAAAUGCUGGUGGAGUUUGCCAGAGCUGGGCUGACAGAACCAGUCCUGAUUCGUUUGGAUGUGGAUUCUAAGCUCAGUGAUCAGAUUAAGCUGUCAUUUUUCCAUCUGCGCGUGGACGACAAGCCAGCAAUGCUGCUUCAUCUUCUGAGGAAUGUAGUGAAGCCUCAGGAGCAGACAGUUAUCUUUGUAGCCACCAAACACCACGUGGAAUACCUCAGGGAGCUGCUUUCUUCAGAAGGUUUGGAUUGUGCCUACAUCUACAGUGCCCUCGAUCAGACUGCCAGAAAGAUCAACAUAGGGAAAUUUGCGCUUCGGAAAGCAAUGGUGCUGCUUGUGACUGAUGUUGCUGCUCGUGGUAUAGACAUCCCUCUGCUGGACAAUGUCAUCAACUACAACUUCCCCUCUAAGGCCAAGCUCUUCUUGCAUAGAGUUGGCCGUGUGGGACGUGCUGGUCGCAGUGGCACAGCUUACAGUAUGGUUUGUCCAGACGAAAUGCCUUUUGUCUAUGACCUUCACCUCUUCCUUGGAAGACCUGUCCAGUUUGCCACACCUGAACACGCCAAAGAUUCAGAUGGUGUGUUUGGUCGGGUCCCUCAGAGCAUCCUGGAUGAUGAAGGCUCUCAUCUUGUUACGGCUCACGAAAAGUCGCUGGACUUGCAAAACCUGCAUCGUGUCUCAGAGAACGCCUACAAACAGUACCUCAAGUCCCGACCAAACCCCUCAACAGAGUCCAUCCGGCGGGUCAAAAACACAGAUCUGUCCAACAUGGCUGUCCAUCCUUUACUAGGGUCAGGUUUGGAGAAAAUGGAACUGGAGCGCCUUCAAAUAGUUGAUGCCAUCAAGAGCUAUAAAUCCAAAUCGACUAUCUUUGAAAUCAACUCCAACAGUAAGACACCGGCCAGUGAGGUGAUGCGGGCCAAACGCUCCAAGGACACACGGUUGGUGGACAAAUUCAGCAAACAGAGAGAGGACCUAGCUGCAGAGAGCAGCCUGCAUCAGCCCGUCAACCCCACCACCGCUGAGGAUGACUUCACAAACACUACAGGCAAGGACGAGGACACUCUAAAGGGGGUGUUCUCUGCAGUGGUAGGUGUAAAAAGAAGAGGCCUGCAGGAAAAUGAGGAGGAACGGCCAAAGAAGAAGAAAAGCAGACAGACUGGUAAAGAUGAGGAGUAUUACAUCCCCUACAGACCCAAAGACUUCAACUCUGAGAGAGGGUUAAGUCUCGGCGGAGAUGGCAGUGCUUUUGAACAGCAGGCCUCCUCGGCGGUCCUGGACCUCAUGGGAGACGAAGGAGAGCAUUUAAACCAGCACAAAAAAAUAAUGAAAUGGGAUCGUAAGAGGAAGCGCUUCGUGAAGGACACAGGCAAGGAAGACCAGAAGAAGAAGAUCAAAACAGAUGGUGGUCAGGUCAUCAGUAACAAGAAGAACAAGAAGAACUUUUACGAGGAGUGGAAGAAAAAAUACAAGGUGGAUGACGCAGGAUCUGGCUCAGAUGGAGAAACGGGAGGAGGAGGAGGGAGGAGGCCAUCAGGAGGUCGCGGCCGUGGUCGUGGCCGUCGCGGCCCUAACUUCCAGAGUCCCGCUGGACCUCAGAAGACGCCUGGUGGCCGCAACGUGCGCUCGGAGCUGAAGACGCGCGAGCAGAUCCUGAAGCAGCGCAAGAAAAAGCAGAAGCACCAGUUCCUGCAGAGUGGCGGGCUGCAGAAGCUCCGUUCUAAGAACAAACAAUGGCUUGGAGAAGUUAAGAAGUCAGGGUUUGGACGGGGCGGACAAAAGAAGGGCAAGAUGAAGAAGAGACUGUGAGGAGGAUGGAGAGGGAGAACGAUCACAGAGGGAUGAUUCUGUGAGAGACUGCAGAUCAAGGGCACCACGAGGGACUGAGUGAUGAAUACCUGUUUUGUUCUAAUUCGCCUCAAGAGUUUCAUGGUACCUUGUUUGAUUGUGCAUUGAAGGAGAAGAAGAGUUGAGGAAAGCAUAUCUAGAGAUGAUGCACUUCAUCAUUUCCCUUCAUUACCGAACUCUGUAUUUGUCACAGAGUAAGUAAAAGAAUGAACUGGAUUUUCUUCUUUUAAGCCUGUUUGGCACAGUAGAAUUUGAUUAAUGAAAUAUUUCUAUUCACAUUAUUAACUGAUGGCCAAAUACAAAUGUGAAUAAGGCAGUAUUCUGUGUUACGUCUCCGUUUGCAGUCAGUUACAUGUCGAUCCAACAAACAACCACAUCUGAGAAAGUCCAGCUACAUGUGGGAUGACAAUACAGCUCAAUUAAACGGGGUUAUAUUAUCAGGGG